GCCCGGCUCCCGCCCCGUCGCCGGCAGCUUCCCCGAGCCGAGCCCCGCCGCUCGUCAGCUGGGCCGCCGGGCCCGAGUCGCCGGAGCCCGGAGCGGCUCGGGAAGCAGCAGUGCCCGGGGCGGUCGGGUGCUCCGGGCAGAAUGCCGAGAGCGCGGUGCCGCCCGGACGGGCGGAGAAGCCUCCCCUGGAGCAGCUCUACCGGCAGGGCCCGCUGCUGGGGAGCGGCGGCUGCGGCAGCGUUUACUCCGGGCUCGCCGGCGGACCCUGUCAGACCCUAUAAAAGCGUGCUACAGAUAGAAAUAAACGGCGCUCGCUAUACUUCUGUGGAGACUCGAACACCAGAAUACAGCCCGCCGGAAUGGAUCCUCUUCGGCUGCUACCGUGGCCAGCCAGCCACCAUCUGGUCCCUGGGCAUCCUGCUCUAUAAGCUGGUCUGCGGGCACCUUCCUUUUCACACCAAUGAGGACAUCAUCCGGGGCCAGCUCUUCUUCCCACCCCGGGUGUCUCAAGGCUUCCUUGCUGAAUCUCACUGAAGGGGAUAUGAAGAAGGAGUCAUUGUGUCUCCCUCUGAUCCCCCCAAUACGCAGGGCAGUAAGUCCCGAUGUUAGCAGUGCUGCAGGGUCUCUGCAAAGCUCUCUGCAGCUGGAUGUCCAAGAGUCCCAGGAGAUGAGGUAAGCCAAGGUGUCUGCUGCUCCAGUGUGCUGUUCACCUCACUCUUCCCAUCUGGUGAGGUUAUUUUGCACAGUCAGCUCUGCCAUGUAUUUAGGCAAACCUCUGUGUAUUCAGCAUUUGGCCCUAUCUGUGGUGAUCCAGCCCAAUGUCAAACCCACCACCAUAUGGCCCAAGAGCAGAGGUGGUGGUGGGGAAGAGGAGACAGGACUGAAA